GAUAUGUUUCUUUUUUAAUGAGUCGGGAUCUGAAAUAAAUUGAAAAUGGCUGCCUCCAUGAUCAGGAAUUUUUCCAAGGGGGCCAGAGUCCUAGCGAGACAUGUUUUCAGACAUCCCACAUGUAUUUACAAUACGGAGGUUCUGGCUGUAUCAGGGAGUAACAUAAAUUGUACCAGUCUCACACAGCAGUUCUCCACCCUGAAUCUGGGAAAUACAGACACCUACACAGAGAAGAACCUGUAUGGAACAUCACAGAGAUCGCUGCUGGAAGUUUGUACACCUUUCAAGACAACAGUCAGAACUAAGAUUCGCUACAGCAGACUCAACAAAGACAAGACAGUCCGUCCCGUUAUUCGACGAUUUUAUCGACUGGACUGGGGUGCAUGGAUCCGAACAAGAUGUGGUCGUGGGAAGAAACGCUAUCAAAAAUCCUCAGCACGAAAAAGACGCCUGGAUCAACAUGUGUUUUGUAACAAACAACAAAAUAAACUAUUGGACCAACUGGUCACGCCCUUCUGGAGGAAAAAAAUGUACUUUGUGGAUGACCCUUAUGAACCUUACCACAAGCGACAUCAUCUCUCUAGAUAUUUUAAAGAAAAACCUGUAUUUUUACCAUGAUUGUUGAAUGUUACAUUUUUGUUUAAGAAAAUAAAUAUCAUGCUGAU